AUGGUAGCCAAUACCAAGAAGAAAUCUUGCCCACGACGCACAUGUCGAAACUGUUUUCCUGGUGGUUGUUGCGGAUUUUGUAAGCCUCCCGUUCAAGAACACAAGCAAAGUGAAACCGCAGUUCAUGUAGAAAGAGCUAUCAUUAAAACAGUUGCACCGUACGGUUAUAUCAAUUUUUUUCCAGGCGUUCGCAAGUCCGACAAUACAUAUACUACGCCGAUGCUUUCUGUCCAUCUUUAUCGGCACGAACUAUUUCAUGCUAAGAUGGCUCAAGCUGAGAGGAAAGUUGCUAUGGGUGGUCAAAAUGGUCUACAAAUCACAAAAAAUGAAAAACGAGCCAAGCAAUCAGAGGAAAGUAAAGGUGAAGAAGAAGUUGUUAUGAUUCCAUUAGAAGACAUUAUUGAUAUAAGUUUCAAAUCGGAUUACACAAAAAAUGUUAACGCUGAUAUUCAAACAACGAUUGAACCAACACAUGAGCUAAGUGAAAAUUGUUGUGACCGUUGCUGCGACUCAAUAAUGAAAUGCUGCUGUUUUUUAUGUAAAUCAAGUACUCAGGUUGCUCCUGAUGCGUCAAAAAUGACAGUUACAAUGAACCUAGGUCAAGAACGAGGCUCAAACUACGAAGAAGAAGAUCUACCUCUUCCCAAAGAGAAUAGAAGCUGUUGCACUAGAUUCAAAGACCGUUUUCGUUGCUGGUGUUGUCGCAAACAAAUUUUAGUCAGGCUCACGAAAAAAACCUUUACGGAAGCUGAACGGCAAGCACGGCGUGUUGUUACAAUGACCAUCGAAUACAGUAGAUACAGCAAUCUCGAUACACCAACGAAUGUACGUCUGCUCGCAAAUCAGCAUCAGGUAGACUUUUACAAAGAAAGAUUCCAGCCAGAGACAAAAUUAGAGUUUAAUCUGAUUAACAACACUGAAUUCGAUUCGAAGAAUUUCGAGACUAAGAAACAACAAGCCGAAACACUUUGCCGAACAGUUCUACACUUGAAAGCAUUGAAAGGUAAAUAUCCAUCGGAACAAGAGCUAGCUGAAAUCCUUGAUCAAUCACACAUACGAACAUUUGGUCAAGUCUUCGAUGAGCCAACUUUACAACUUGCAGCGAAUGUCAACAUGGGAGGAUCGAAUAAUGCUCAUCAUCAUCCACAAGGCCAACCGUCGCUACUCCAUGCAAGUCAAGCGAAGACAAUAUCAGAAUAA